AUGGCCGCCAAAGUCAAGCUGAAUGUCCAGGACUUCCCUCGUCCGCCCUUGUUGGAGCAGAUCCCGAGACACUUGGUCAUCAAAUGGAAUGGCCAGACAUUGGCCAACACCAAAGCCUCGUAUUGGGCGCUGGAGACGACACAUCCUCCAACAUACUAUCUGCCCCGAAACUGCAUUUCCGAUUCUUUCCAACUGGUACGGGACCCCGACAAGGCCACACUGUGCGAAUGGAAGGGACGCGCGACAUACUGGAAUGUCCAAAACACCUCGACGGGCGACACGGUCAAGACGAAAGUCUGGAGCUAUGAAGCGCCCACGCCGGCUUUCACGGAGAUCCAGGGAUACCUGUCCUUCUACGCCAAUGGGGUGCCGUGGGAGUGCUUCGUCGAUGGCGAGAAGGUCAGCCCGCAAGAAGGCGACUACUAUGGCGGAUGGGUGACGAGUGAGCUCGAGGGGCCCAUGAAAGGAGGGCCAGGAACUUGGGGUUGGUGA